AUGUUGUCGUGGACCCCACUCGUCGUACUUGCGCUCCUCGCCUUGGUGCCCUCUGCCCACGCAUAUUGGAUUCUUGGCCACCACAACCUCGUCUCACAGCGCCUCGACCCCAUCAUCGCCCCCAAUGGCAUCUCAGGUCACACGCACGCCUUUGUCGGCUCAGCUGCCAUUCAACCCGGUCAAGACGUCAACACGAUGUGCACCACCAGCCCCGUCAAGGCCGACCUCAGCAAGUACUGGGCGCCUCAGCUCUACUACUACAACGGUGACACACGCAAGUUUGCGUCCAUCAACCUCGGCACCGUCAACACCUACUAUCUCAACCGCGGCGGUCCCAAGAUGGGCGAGGACUCUACAUCGCUCCAGCCGUUCCCCAAGGGUCUCAAGAUGAUUGCUGGCUCAGCCAUGCUCUUUGACGCACCCAACUCUGACCCCAUCAAGGCCAAGGCCGUCAGCUUCGUCUGCCUCGGCGGCAACAACCCUCAGACCACGACGCUGCCCACUGGCGUGUGCUCCGGCGGUAUGCGCGCUCAGAUCGUCUUCCCUUCGUGCUGGAACGGCAAGGACCUCGACUCGGACGACCAUCAGUCGCACGUCGCCUACCCCAUUGGUGGCCAGGCCGACACGGGUGACUGCCCCUCAACGCACCCCAUCAAGUUCAUGACCCUGUUCUACGAGUUCAUCUACGACACUGGAUCGCUCCAGGGCAGCGUCACAAAGGGCAAUUCGAGCAGCGGCUUUGUUCUCGCAAACGGAGACGCCAUCGGCUACUCUUUCCACGCAGACUUCGUCAGCGACUGGGAUACGACGGUGCUCAAGGCUGCCAUUGACGAGUGCGAUGGCGAGCUUGGCGGCAACAUUCGCCAGUGUGCUCCCUUUGUUCCCUCGAUCCAUGAAGAGACGACGACGCCCAACAGCGCAGACCCGGCAGCCGGCUACUGCCGUACGGGCGCUGCCGUCAAUGAGGUCGUCCUCGGUAGCAACUUUGAUGCUCUUCCAGGUUGCCAGACGGUUAAAAACGGUCCUUUCAAGGGCGCUGGCGCUGGCUGCACGGCCAGCAGCCCUACGACGACGGCCACGCCCAACAACUCGACGCCCGCCGACGCCGCCUACCGGGGCUGCUACCAGGAGCCCACGAACGCACGAGCCCUCGUCAACAAGGUCAGCUACAAGGGUCAGAUGAGCACGAGCGUCUGCCGCGCCGCCUGCUCCGCUGCUGGCUUCUCCGUCGCCGGCAUGGAGUACGGCCAAGAGUGCUGGUGCGACAACUCCAUGACCUCUGGUGCCAAGAAGGUCUCUGACGACUUCUGCAACAUGGCUUGCCCCGGCAACUCGACGGAGACGUGCGGUGGUAGCAGCUUGCUCUCCGUCUACUCUAUCAAGGCCGUGACAACUACGGCUGCUACUUCCAUCCCGCCUACCGCUGGCACGUCGAGCUACCAGGGCUGCUACCAGGAGCUCAGCGGCGGGCGAGCUCUUUCCAAGGCCUCGUACUCGAACAGCACCAACACGCCCACUCAGUGUGCCGCCUUCUGCGCAUCCAAGGGUCUGCAGUUCUCGGCCACUCAGUACUCGUCCGAGUGCUAUUGCGGCGCAUCGAUUUCGACUGCCAAGCUGGCCGACUCGCAGUGCAGCAUGUUGUGCUCGGGCGACAAGACGAGCUUCUGCGGUGCCGCGAGCCGAUUGCAGGUCUACAAGGACAACGCCUGGAAGCAGAGCCAAUUCACCGUCAUGCAGCAGGGACAAUGGAACUUCACCGACUGCGCCGUCGACUCGCCAAGUGCGCGCACUCUGCCGACGGGCAUCUCGAACCCGGCCAACACGGUAGCGGGUUGCCUCGCUGGGUGCCAGGCAAAGAAGAUGACCUUCUGCGGCGUCGAGUACGGUGGGGAGUGCUGGGGCGCAACGAAGCUGCCUACGGGCUUCAAGGCAAGCAAUGCGGAGCCCGUGGCGCGCGGCUGCUCGAUGCCUUGCAACGGCAAUUCGACGCUCUACUGUGGUGGAUCCAGUCGCAUGAACCUGUACACCUUCUUCUCCAAUGCCUCGCCGACGAGGCCGACUGUGCUGGCGUAG